GCAGUUUACUCGUCCGAUUAUCGGAUGUCGACGACCGAGUGCAUCUUAUUGACACCUCGACUAAUAGUGACCUUCGCGAAAUUGCUAUGUAUGUAGAUCUUGAAAUUGGCCCAUGAUGUGCCACGAAUUUUGAUGUACGAACAAUGUUGCAAUCAAUGGCCAUGUUUCAUCAAAUGAUAUUUGUAAUUGCGAAUUGAAUUUCUUCAACAUCUUCGUCGUUUUAGUGGAUGACAUAUACCUGGCACGUGUAUAUGUACAUGUAUAUACACGGCGACCCGUGUUUGUGUCAAAAAUGCACUCGAUCUAUUAUUGUAACAUGCAGUCUAUUAAUCUGCCCAUGUUUACGCAGUCAAUUUGUCACGUAUUUACGUAAAAGAUUUGGGUGUUAAAUCCAUGAAAAAUAUUGAUGAGAUAUGCAGCAUCAGGUUGAACAUAAACUCCCAGAAACGUUAGCGUUUGAAUAUUGCAACAUUAUUGGAACAGGUAUUGAUAUAUAUCCAGGCAAUGACUGCGGUAGAGGCACCACAGUUCAUUCGUACCAUCGAAUGGGAUAUGAUGGACAAGACAAAGUUCUUUCCACUGAGCAUGCUCUCGUCGUUCUCAGUGCGUUGUUGCUUAUAUCCCUUAACAGUAAUCAAAACACGUUUACAAGUUCAAAGGCACAAUCAUAUGUACGCUGGAAUGAUAGAUGCUUACAAAAAGAUUUACAAAGCUGAAGGCGCAGCUGGUUUUUAUAGAGGAUUCUGGAUUAGUUCGAUACAAAUUGUAUCCAGCGUCUUUUAUGUAUCGACUUACGAAGGUGUGCGUCAUUUACUUGGUCAAGAAGAUAUUAUAGGUCAUAUAGACUCUAGAGUUAAAGCAGUCAUUGCUGGUGGUGCUGCUAGCGUGGUAGGACAAACAAUAGUAGUUCCCUUUGAUAUUCUGAGCCAACACUUGAUGGUUCUUGGGAUCAACAGCUCGAAAAGGGCCAACUAUCAUAUGGACAAAAUGGGAAUGAAUCCAUUAGGAUUGUCAUUAGAACCAGGGAAGUCCCAUGCUCAGAUCUCAGCUGAUAUAGUUAGGUUGAUUUAUCGAAACGACGGAUAUAGAGGUUUUUAUCGGGGAUACCUUGCAUCAUUGUGCGCUUAUGUUCCAAACAGUGCGCUUUGGUGGGGACUUUAUAUAUCUUAUCAAGAGGAACUUUUCCGAUUAUUCCCUGAAUGGGUCUCUCACUUAUUCAUUCAAGCAGUAGCUGGAACAUUGGGAGGAUUCACUACCACGAUUGUUACAAAUCCUUUAGAUAUUGUUAGAGCAAGACUACAAGUGCAAAGACUAGACAGUAUGUUAAGCGCAUGCAAGGUUCUUUGGGUCGAAGAAAGAUUCCAGAUGUUCACGAAAGGACUAUCGGCGCGACUCGUACAGUCUGCCUGUUUUAGUUUCUCGAUAAUUUUAGGAUACGAAACGAUCAAAAGAUUCAGUAUAAACGAGGAGUACAAACGAUAUAUUAGAUGGUAAAAUUCUCGCCAAUAAUCUUUACUUUCUUGCAUUUCCUGCCAACUGUGUAUUGUGUAUAUAACGUCGAUUCAUGCGCACCAAAGAAAAACUCGGAACCUGUUUUAAAUCGUGUCAAUGGCAGUGCACUUGUUAUACGAAAUGUAUGAUAUAAAUGUAACUGUGGUCCGUAUGUAUAUGCAUAUACAUAUGUGUAUAUAUACAUAUAAUAAUUGAUUAAAAUAUUUAUUUAAGACACAAAAGAUCAUUAAUUAGUCAUGACUUUCAAUCAGUGUAAUCAUAUGUGUCAGGGGCAUCAUCUUUCACCUAAUUUCAUAAAUAGUUCCAUUGAUCAUAAAACUAGUGACAAAACAAGUUCUCUACAAGGAUAUUGGAAUAAUUUAAUCCAUCUUCAAAACUGCCUGACACUUGUAACAAUAAAAAUGUGCAUUUUGUAUAAACUCUUUGUGCAUUACACAAAGUACAAACGGUGUAAUAUAUGUUGGAUAUAUUACUGUGAUAAAAUACUAUAAUAGAUAUGAAAACUGUUUGCUGGGACAAAGCAGUUACUAUAAAUAUGACGAAAAGAUUCAUAGCAACGUUGAGUUGUAUCAAGAGUAUGUAAAUCAAUAAAGUUAGUUAUAUUGAACAA